AAGGCGCUGCACGGCGCUCGGGGCCGGGAAGGUAAAGCUGGCGGCGGGGCUGCGCUCGCUGAUUCGCCGCGCCUGGUGGCGAAUCGGCGGAUCCCGCGGCUGUCCCUCCCCUCCCCGCGUGGCCGGCUCGUGGCGGGCGGAACAGGUGACUGAAUCGCAGGCAGUAGAAUAUGGCUGGACAAAUAUCUGAAUCUGAUCAGAUCAAGCAGUUCAAGGAGUUCCUGGGAACGUACAAUAAAAUUACAGAAAACUGCUUCCUAGACUGUGUAAAGGAUUUCACUAGCAGAGAGGUUAAACCAGAAGAGAUGACUUGCUCAGACCACUGCCUACAGAAGUAUUUAAAAAUGACACAGAGGAUCUCCAUGAGAUUCCAGGAGUAUCAUAUUCAGCAGAACGAAGCUCUGGCAGCUAAAGCAGGACUGCUUGGCCAGCCUCGUUAGACAAGAGCCCUCUGUUCAGACUUUGUAAGCAGUGCCAGUGUUCGUUGGGCAGGAACACAUUUUGGAUUUUCUACUGUCAAGUUGCAUGUCCAGCAACUCCGAAGAGAGUUCUAGAUGCUGGUUGGAAAGUGGAAACCAUGAAGGGUUACACAUGAAGUUAGCAAGUGUUGGCUGGCAAUGGAGCCUGCUUCAGAGGUCCUUUUCACUCUACAACGGCAUAAUACUAAUACAACCUCUUUCAGGGCCUGCAGACUGGUAUGUUUAAAUUUGGGGGGGUUGGGAAAGUUGCAUUUCUUCUGUUAGGACUGAUUCAGAGGCAAAAUAAAAGUGUAAUAUGGAAAUGCACUUUUUUUAUUUAAUUCAAGUAAAAUGAAUGAACCCA